GAUGAUGCAUGUGUUUCUGAGCGAGAUGGGACGUGGAGUAAACGGGAGGACUGGAAGGGAGUGGAUGGUGCUGCUGCUGGGGCUCAGUGGAGAGACGAGUGGACGAGUGAUUGAGGCAGUGAAAGAGUUCUUGGAAGGCAUGUGGCGUGAAAGAUGUAGGGAAUGAUAUCUUGCCCCGAGAACUUUGACUUCCCGCAUGUUUUUUUGUUUUCUUUUCACAGGAGCUGCCGAUACAAAGGCCUGGCUGGGGAGAAACCCCGAGCCACCGGUGACAUCAAGAUCAAGAUCAAACGGAGCAACGCUGCGGAGUCUGUCACGCCGCCCACGCCCACACAGUGCCCCCACGCCUCCACGCCCAUCCAGUGCCCCCACGCCUCCACGCCCAUCCAGUGCCCCCACGCCCACCCAGUGCCCCCACGCCUCCACGCCCAUCCAGAGGAUGGCGGGGGCAGCAGUGAGGCGGUGGCCGGCGGAGGAGAAGAGAGACAGGCGGAGAAGAAUGUCAAGGUCCAUUUCAAUUCUUCCUUCAACGUUGUCAAGUACGGGGACGGCACUGACAUCAAGGACUUGUCAAGCCAGUCAGUGAACCCAGUCUGCAAGACGUCUUGGUCAAGAUGGGACACAACCUAACACGGAAACCCUUCAAGCUGGAGAACCACUACUGGGUUGGUCACAGCUAAAGGAGAGAGAGAGAGAGAGGGAGAGAGAGAGUACCUUCCAGCCUACUAUUCCUGCAGUAAGCGGUGCCUGGUGUUACCUGAAUUUCCUGUUGUCCCUCUGCCUCCACCUCCUCCUCCUCCUCUCUCCCUCCAGCUGCCAACCCUCACCCACUCACUCCGCCAGUUGAGUCUUCUGUACCCCCACUGUUGUUGUUUUCCCGGCCUGAGAAUACCCCGCCAGGACUCCUUGUAAUCACCGUCAUGGU